CGCGUGGAUUAGGAAAUCAGUCUUCUGUGGAUUAAGAAAUCAGUCAGUAUUUGGCCAGUAUAUAUCUGCUGUGUUCUGUCGUGUGCAGCAUUGAUAUAUGUAAAAUACAACUGGAAUUAUACAAGGUCUCUUUCGAAACUUGGUCAUAAAUUUUAAGAUUUAACAUUGUGGACAGCAUGCCGAAAAAUGUCAAAACACCGAAAAAACAUGCAGUAAAGUUACCACCAAAAAAAACAUUGAUAUCGAAAGAAACACAGACAGAGUCAUCGAGAGCGUUACCGACAAGUAGUAGUGGUAGUAGUAGUAGUAAUAAUACAUUGACAGCGACACGAACAAAUCUGAUAUCCAUUAGCAAGAAAUACAGGAUAAUAACUCGCAUGAAAAGAAAGUUAGAGAUAGAGAAAGAAAGAAAUUUGCAAAACCAUUAUUUGCAAAUAAAUAUACUUAGCAGGAUAAUAACUCGCAUGAAAAGAAAGUUAGAGAUAGAGAAAGAUAGAAAUUUGCAAAACCAUUAUUUGCAAAACCAGUUUUUGAAGCUCUGGCCGCUAUUAUGUAUCUUGGAGACAGACUUUCUCUUGCAAAUUGAAAUAAUCAUGUGGUAUGGAUGGAAAGCCGAACCUGUACAAUGGAAUACGGCUUUAAUUAUAACAAUAGAUAAGAACGUUUACAGUUUGAGCGAUAAAAACAAUCAAAUAAUAACUGACAAUAUGAUUACUCUACGGACUCAAAAAGUAAAAGCUCUGUGUCAAAAAAAUAUCAAAAGCAUGAUACAUACUAAUGGAUGCACAAUCGUACUGACUGAGCAAGGAAAGGUAUAUUCUUGGGGCUCCAAUAUAAAUAGCAUAUGUGGACGUAGUGCAAUGGUGAAUGAACAUGGAACAAUUAAUGCAACAAUACCCUAUCCUCUUGAAGUGUUUGAAUUAGCAAAUAAAUGCGUAGUGGACAUUAAAUGUGGUGAUUUACAUGUUCUCGUGCUCACCAAAGAUAGAGAGAUAUACAGUUGGGGAACAAAUUAUGAUGGGCAAGUUGGUGACACAGAUGCUAACAUAGUUCCAACACCGAUGAAAGUCAUAAUUGAGGAUGAGUUAGGUAAAAAGGACAUUCAAAGCAUUUCUUGCGGCUCCACUUUCAGCAUGGCUAUUACUUGCGACGGCAAACUUUACGGUUGGGGCAAAAAUACGUGUGGUCAGCUUGGACUUGGAGAUAAUAGCGCAAUGAUACAUCGGAAACCGAUGAAAAUCAUGAUAAACGUCGCAAUAGCGAAAGUAGAAUGCGGAUUUAAUCAUACAUUGGCACUUACCCAUGAUGGUUUGCUCUAUGUCUGGGGUGAUAAUAAGGGUGGACAAUUGGGCACUGGGAACUAUGAUAACUCCUGUUAUCCCAUUCUGAUGGAUGCAAAGAAAAUCGGGAAGGUGACGGAUAUCGCCGCUCGAUUCGAUUCCAGCCAAAGUGUGGCAAUUAAUACAAAUAAACGUAUCUACAAAUGGGGAACCUAUGAUGAUUGUCAUGGUCAUGUUACUAAAGUUAACCCAACUGUUGUCAACCUUAACAACAUAGAUGAUAAUUAUUAUCAUGGUCGUGUUACUAAUGUUGAUCCAACUGUUGUUAACCUUAACAACAUAGAUAAUGCAUUUAUAAAUUUCCAAAACGUUAUAAAAAUGCAAAAUCCUUGCACAAGUUUAGCUCAAAUCCAAGAAUUCUCAUACGUAAUGUCCGAAAAAUAUUUAAAAACUGCAUUCAACAAUUCCACGUCCGCCGAUACUGAGUUGAUUGUGGAGCAACAAUCUUUGUACAUUCACAGGAAUAUCAUAAUGAUUCGUUGUCCGAAAAUGUAUACAAAAUUUUUCAGGUUUUACACAGAUAGAGUUAUCACCCGAGAGGAUUUCUCUGCUAUUUCAUAUAAAAUCUUCUUACAAUAUUUGUACACUGGUGUAAUUGACAUACCUUCCGAGAAAUUAUUAGAGCCGUACUAUUUAGCUACUAAUUUCGACAGUGCAAUCUUCAAGAAAAAUUAUCUGAAGAUAAUAAAGAAAAAGAUCAGCAUUUCAAAUGUCAUCUAUUUUUAUGGCGAGGCGAUAUUACAGAAAAUAAUGAAGCUGGAAGAGUUCUGCUUCAAGUAUGCCAUAAAUAAUCUGACGGCUGUGAUAAAAUCAGAAAGUUUCGCUGAAUUACCAGAUAAGUUGCGAUUUGAUUUUAUAAUUAAAGCAGCCAAUGCUCAGGCUUUUAAAAAUUAAUUUGUCUGUCUAGAAAUUUAUU